GAGCCAUGGGGGCGCAGCAGAGUCUCGGCCUCUGCUCGGUGGAGCAGCCCUGCGGGGUGGCGAUCGACAACCCCAACAGGCCGAGGAGAAAAUGGACAUGAGCGACAUGCAGUCGCUGCAGGCAGAUCGGAUCAACGCGUGGACAAAGGACCUGGGCCCAGGCUCGGUGCAGUGCGGCCAGGUCAAGGCGGCCCUGACCUGCGACACGCCCACGGCCGCGCCGGAGGGCUACCUGGCGGACACGCAGGACCACGGCGCGAUCCUGCUGGACGCCAGGGUCGGACCCAUCUGGCUCGACGACGAGGGGGAGGACCAGGUGUUCGCCCCGCAGCCGGGCGAGCUCAGCGCCCCGCGCGGCGCCUCCGCCGCCCAGAAGGGCGCGGCCGCCGGGGGCCCGCUCCAGCGCAACGGCCUCCUGAGCGAGGACCGGGUAGCUCUGGCGCUCGGCCAGGACACCCGCACGCUGAACAAGGCGCAGCAGCCGAGCUCGCGCCCGCGGCGGGCGUGA